CCUGCGAAUACAGACGCCUCGCCCGAUGUGAGGCGUCUGUAUUGCAGUAUUCGCAGGCUACUUUCCGUAACUUUCCGUACAUUUUUGCUGCUUUUCGAACAGUAUCCGCGCAUGCGCUGGAGCCAACGAACCAGCUGCUUUUGUUUUACGAGGGUUUCAAGACGCUAUAUAAAAGAAAGUUGUGAAGGAAAGGUUUUCUAAGCUAAGAAUAUAAGAAUGAAUUCAAAUGUAGUUGAAAGAUUGAUAGGAGAAUGUCACUCAGCGAAGACACGUGCCUAUUCUCCGUACAGCAAGGUCCGGGUUGGCGCUGCACUGUUGUGUGAAGAUGGGACCGAGGAUGGGACUAUAAUUCAAGGAUGUAGUGUUGAAAAUGCUGUUUAUCCUCUCAGUUGGUGUGCAGAAAGGUCCGCUAUUGUAGCAGCAGUUAGUCGUGGAUUUCGUAAGUUUAAAGCAAUCGCAAUAACUAGUGAUAUGAUUGAGAAACCUAUAACCCCGUGUGGUGCAUGUCGUCAAGUCAUGGCAGAAUUUGGGACUGAUUAUGAUGUCUAUAUGGUGAAGCCUGACUCUACUUAUACCAAGGUAACAGUUCAAGAUUUAUUGCCUUAUUCAUUUUCACCUGAUGAUCUACCAUUGGCAAGAAUGAAGGAUGAAUAAAAUAAAUGUACCGGUAGAAUAGACCUACAAUAUAUAUGUUCUAAACAAUUAUGUAGAAUAAUUAAUGUGGUUGAAUAUUAAAUUUAACAGCCAAUAAUUGACAAUUAUUGGACGAGGUUUUUGUGAUAUGCGGAAUUAUCAAGGUCCGAGGUAAGCGUUAUCAGCCGAAGGCGAGGCUGAUAAUGCUUACCGAGACCUUGAUAAUUUUGCAUAUUGCAAAAACCAUAAAUGAUAAAACAAUUAUUGAACUCAGUUUAUAUCGCAAAAUAUUGCCAUUUCAUCCAGUGGCUCGCAUAUCGAUUGUUUAACUCUGCCUUCGGCAUCGGCAAAUAAUUGAUCUGCUCACCACUGACAAAUCACGAUAUGUUGCUCAACCUUGUCCAAUAAUUGUAUAAUGUGUGCUGACAAAUUUGCACUGUGGUUAUAAGUCGAACAUCGGACCUUAAUUCUUGUUCAAUGGUUAAAGAGGCAGCUGUGAAGUUUGUUCUGCUCAUGCGCGUGUUUUGUUUACAUUUUUUGUUUCAAACAAUAGAUAAUGUAAUUAAAAUUCCGAUCUUUUGGCCAAGGGACAGCCUGACAAUAAAGUGCAAAAAAUUCUGCUAUGCAUUGUGUAUACUUAUGUAAACAAACUCAGAUGCCCUUUCCAUACGAAUAGUCUGCUUUGUUUAGUUUAAAGAUGCUGUAAAGUCUGUUCUGCACAUCAGUUCUGCUCAUAACAAAGGGGGACCUGCAGAAACGUUUUUGAAUUGAAAUGUAGAGUUUAUAUUCAUGUACAAGCAUGGUGAACCAGAAAAGUGUUAGAUAUUCAGUUAGUAUAUCAUAUUUUACAAAUAUUAUAUAGCAAUUCAAAAUAUAAACAAAGCGUUUGUUUACAUUACGGAUUUUACAGCAUCUUUAAAUGUUGAACAGCCUAAAUGGGUAUUUUUAUCAUUUUUGGAGAACAAAGCAGUUAAUAUUUAAAAUACAGUGGUUAUUCUACAAUCUAGCUCACUUGUGAUGGGUAAUAUCAGAUCUAUAACCUUGGAAAAAGAAGGUCCAGUGUUGGACCUACAACCACAGCGUAUAAUUUAUUGACGAAAAAUCUUCUGUAUUUUAUAAAUGUUGUCCUGACAACAUAUAGACUGCUAUGGAAAUAUGUGCACUAGCUAGAUAACAAAAACGAGCCUUGCAUUCAAGAAGAACAAUCUUUGUAUAAUUAUAGAACAUUCCUGAAAUGGGGGAGAGGGGUGGCUUAAUAGAAGGUUUAUGGUUUCCUAUGUACAUGAUUGAUCUAUUCAAAAGUACAACCUUCAAUAUUUACCUCCUAUUGUGCCAUCACAUUAUAUGAUAUUCAGCCUCAUUGUGUGGCUUUUGACAAGCAUCCAUGAUUUCAUCAUCUCACUUUAUCAUCUCACAUAUAAUUAUGAUAAAUAAAUAUAAUAAGUAUAGGUAAUCAUGUGAUGGUGAGUACAAUUAGGGAUUAAUAGUACGAGUGAUGUUUGGAAAUUUUGCCAAAAUUGGACAAGCCGCCGGGGCGAGUUUCCAAACAUCACAAGUACUAUUAAUCCCUAAUUGUACGAGCAACAUCGCAUGAUUAUUUGUUUAUUAUUAGCAUGACAAAAUUGGAUACGUACUUCUCAAUGUCAACAUCAUAUUCUCUUGCCAAAGCCCAGUCCUGCCAGACUUUCAACCAAAAUUUGGUGUUUUUGUUUGUAUUUUCAUUUAGUUCUUUUGUUCAAGCAAAAUUUGGCCCUAUUGUUCGUAUUUUCAUCUUGUUCCUCUAGUGCAAUUUCAUUUCACAUUUGUGUUUAAAAUACCUUUCCGCCAUUUUGUUUGUUUUAUGAAAAUCAUUAAUUGUACUGCAGUACAAUUAAUGAAAUAUUGUACUCCUCUCAACCAAUCAGCAUCCAGUAAUUUUGUCAUGCUAAUAAUAAAGGCUGUUAUUGCUACCAUUGAUGUGUGAUAUACCAAUUUUGUACAAACAAGCUUUCCUUUAUCAUGCUGAUCUACUUCCACAACUACAUACAAUUAAGAGAUAACCAUUUUUGUCUUCAGUAUUAGAAACACAUGUGUGCAACAAUUGGUUUUUCAUUUUUUGGUUUAAACAAGUCAUGUUGUGUUUAGUUGUACUGUCAUAGUAGAAGCUUGUUGUCAAGAAUGGUAUGUUAGAGAGCUUUAGAUUUGGCUAUGGUAGUAUCCUAUGUGGACAAGCUUUGUCACUUGCAUGUCAAUCAUGCCAUCUUUUGCUAUACUCGUAACUACAUAGCAAAUAGGUGCAAUGACAUGAUUGGUGACGAAUCUAGCUCUCAUACUCGUAGUCAAAUUCAAAGCUCUCUAUUAUAUAGGUAUGGAUGUGAAGUUUGCAACAACCUUCCAAGACCUUGCCAAGUUGCCCAAAUGCUACCAACUGAAGAUGUUUCUAGCAGAAUGGCUUCACACUGGUGUGAGGUAGUACCGUAGUUGCACCAUGGUUUGUAGAGGUUUGACUAUAAAACAACAAUUAAACGAGAACAGUCCAAUAUCUUGUUGAAUUCCCAAGCAGUAAUAGUUAAUUUCUCAUUGUCAUAAGAGCUAGUGAUAUGCUUUUUUUUUAAAUAAGUUUUAUUCUGAUCUUAUGUCACAUAGUGUGCAUCAAAUAUCUGUAUUUAUACAGUUUAGGAUCUUCCUGGGGAAGGAGUAAAUUUCCUUAGAAUGGUUUAUAUAAAGAACCAAAUAAAGUAAAAUGACCGAAUGUUGAACAACUCAAUACUCUUUGUCUGUAGCUGAAAAAAACCAUAUCAAAUCAUACAACUGGAUUAAAUGGGAUUCAGUUUUAAUAUGAUUGUAUUUGGUUUUUAGAAAUAUUAUAAUUAUAGUCUAACGAAACACAUCGAAGACACCUUACCCUUUCAGUGUUUGUAUACCAUUUUAAAUUAAAGAUAACUAUGUAAUAAUGAAGUUAAAACCAAU